AUGCCGGGACCUCUCUCGCCGCGGCACUCGGGAUUCCUGCCUAUAAACAAUACACAGUUCAACGACAUGCCCGACGGCGAUAUUCCAUUGACCCAGGUCAGGAGCGCCGCCUCCACUGGCGCAAGGAAGCCCACGAUGAAUGCUUCCAACGAGGAUUCUGGCUCCUCAGGCACAAACGAGAAGCAUGGCCUAUUCCACCGCCCCAAUGACAAGGGAGGACGCCGCAAGAAGAAGGCAGAGCUGGGUCGGCACGGAACUGCUGGGUCCGACGACGUCAAGGUGAACGCCAUGGGUCGCUUCUACACCAAGAUCACCAGCGCGUCUGUCGUCACCCGCUACUUGGUUUACAUCAUUCCUAUCGGCAUUCUUCUCGCGAUACCACUCAUUGUUCUCCCCAUCACCGGCCACCGAACAGAUGUCACUAUUGGAGACAAGAACGAGAAGUCGCUGUUUGAUCUCUUCUUGUGGAUCGAGAUUGCCUGGCUUACCCUCUGGGCUGGCAAGGUUGUCGCAUGGCUCAUGCCUCAUGCCUUCAUGUUCUUCUGUGGAGUCGUCAGUUCCGGUACACGCAAGUACGCAACUGUACUCCAGAAUUUGCAGAUUGCCCUAUCACUCUUUUUCUGGGCUCUUGCGUCAUGGCAGUCAUUCCAAGCACUCUUCAAAUCCAACAACCAAUCCUCUUGGGUCACCACCAUGAUUCGUAUUCUCGGUGCCACCUUUGUGUCGUCGGCCGUGUAUCUUGGCGAGAAGGGGAUUGUUCAGCUCAUCGGUAUUUCUUAUCACCAGCGAUCCUUCGCCCUCCGCAUCAAAGAGUCCAAGCGCGAGGUUCGCCUGCUCGGUCUCCUUUACGACGCUUCCCGCACCCUUUUCCCCAUGUACUGCCCUGAGUUCGAGGACGAGGACUACAUCAUCAACGAUAGUCUCGAUUUGAUUUUGGCCAAGGCUGCGAAGGGUGGCAAGCCUGGUAAUGGUGGCGCUACGCCCCUCCGCCUCGUUGGUGACAUUGGUCGUGUAGGCGACAAGAUUACCGGUGUUUUCGGUAACAUUGCCUCCGAAAUCACUGGAAAGCAGGUCUUCAACCCUAACUCGGCUCAUUCCAUCGUCAUUGAGGCCCUGGAGAAGCACAAGCCUUCUGAAGCUCUCGCCCGCCGUAUCUGGAUGUCUUUCGUGGUCGAAGGAAAGGACUCAUUGUAUCCCGAAGAUUUCCUGGAAGUGCUUGGGCCUGCCUACUCUGACGAGGCCGAGGAGGCUUUCGGCAUGAUCGACAAUGACAUGAAUGGCGACAUCAGCUUGGAAGAGAUGACUCGCAAAGUGGUCGAGAUUGGCAAGGAACGCAAGGCUAUUACCGAGGGAAUGAAGGACAUUGGUCAGGCACUUCGUGUGUUUGAUAAGGUUCUCAUGUUCGUUGUCGUCUUGCUUGUCGUCUUCAUCUUCCUCGCGUGGUUCCAGUCCAGCUUCUUGACCACUGUCGCUACCGCUGGUACUGCGCUUCUUUCUCUGUCAUUCGUCUUCGCCGUUACCACCCAGGAAUUCCUCGGUUCCUGCAUCUUCCUUUUCGUCAAGCAUCCCUAUGACGUCGGUGACCGAGUCGACAUCGUCGGCUCCGAGAAGCAGCAACUCAUAGUGGACAAGAUUUCGCUUCUGUACACCGUCUUCACCCGCAUCGACAAGAUGCAGGUCGUGCAGGUUCCCAAUAUUGCACUCAACAAUCUUUGGAUCGAAAACGUCUCCCGUAGCAAGGCCAUGAAGGAGGUCAUCGACUUGAAUGUCUCUUACGACACCAGCUUUGAGGAUCUCGAGCUGCUCCGCGUUGAGAUGGAGAACUUUGUGCGAAACUCUGACAACUCUCGCGACUUCAUGCCCGAUAUCACCAUUGGCGUUGCCGGCGUCGGUGACUUGGACAAGCUUCAGCUUAAGGUCGCGAUCAAGCACAAGUCCAACUGGCACAACGAUGGCGUUCGCGCCACUCGCCGCUCCAAGUUCAUGUGCGCCCUGGCCAUGGCUCUGAAGAAGAUCCCCAUCUAUGCCCCCGGUGGUGGCGGCGAUGCUCUUGGCGCUCCUAGCAACCCAUCCUACUCUGUCGCCGUCACUGACACCUUCGCUGCGUCGGCCCGCGACAAGGCUGCCAAGGACAAGGAGGCCGCGCGUUUAGUGCCCUCGCCCGCCGCUGAGGGUACUGACGGCAACCCUGACUCUAACACCGAGAAGGCUGCCGCGGCAGAACUCAACCUCCGCGACCCAUUGGCCGAGGAGGAAUGGGGCUACCGGGUAGGCGACGAGGACACCUUGUCCAGCUCUAGGGAGGAUCGCCGCCGCUCCAACGAUAUCGACCGCGUCCGCAGCCAGCUGAUGAAGAGAGCCAGCACGAAGGGCGGCGGCGGCCGUCGCAAACCCGGUGAAGGCAUCCCCAUGUCUCCCGUCGGUGACGGGCCCGGUAUCGGUUUGAACCAGACGACAUCUCGCAACCGCAUUUACGACGAGGAGGCCGAGACGGGCGUCCAGGGAUCCUACAACUCUGCCUACUACGGUGCCCCGUCAACGGGCUAUACCGGCUAUGGACAGUCUCUGUCCCCCGCCGUCUCGCCGCCCUACGCAACAGCCUCAACCAACCUCAACCCCCACCCCCUCCAGAGUGCCCCAGCGGGCCAGCGUCCACGUGGACGCAGUGUAUCCAGCACCCAGCAGGAGGCUCAGCAGAGCACCCAGAAGAAGCAAUAA